UGGGAGCAGAAGCUGCUGGCUCACAGGAAGUAGGAGAGUGGAGCUGUGUUGGAGGAGUCUGUGCACUAUAGACCUUUUCACAUCUUGGGAGAUGAAUGGAAAAAAGACUUCAGUGGCCAUUAUUGGUGGUGGCAUCUCAGGCCUGGUCUGUGCAGCAAGACUGUCACAGCUGGGAAUUACUGACUCUAUAGUUUUUGACACUGGGAAACAUGCCCCGGGUGGAAGAUGUAGCAGUCGAUUCAUCAACAUUGAAGGUAAACUCCAUAUAUUCGAUCAUGCUGUCCAGUUCUUCACCGUGAGUGAUCCCAGGUUUGCCAAAAUCGUGUCUUUUCUGCACAGCAAAGGGGCAGUGAAAGUGUGGCCUGGCAAAAUUGUUCACCUUAAACCGGGUAGAAAGCCAACAGAAGUGAAGAAUAUGCAGGCUUUUAUUGGGACCAGGGGAAUGCAGGCUGUUCCUGAAUGUUUAUCGACUCUUGUUCACAUGGAAGGCAACAAAUGGGUCAGCAGUGUUCACUGGGAUUCUUCAAUGAAAAAAUGGAAAGUUGAUGACCACGGCUGGUUUGAUUAUUUGGUAGUUGCCCAUAAUGGGAAGUGUGCAGCGCGACUGAUGGCUGAUGCUGGCACACCACAAAUCCACAAUCUUCUGAAGGUGAAGUUUGGACCUGUUCUAUUACCAAGAACCAAUGUUAUGCAGUUGUGCUCCCUUUGGGUGCUACUGUUUGCUUUACCUCAAAAGAUUGAGGUUGACUUUGAUGGAGCUUUUGUGGAACAUUCAGAUAUAUCGUGGAUUGGAAACAACACCUCAAAAUACAAUACAGAAAAUAAGAUGUCAUGCUGGACUGUUAUCAGCAGUAAGACCUUUGGGGCCAACAAUAAGGUUCCUCAGGAGCUUAUACCUCCUCUUAAAGAGAAAGAAGUUAUUAGUUUGCUUCUGAAUGGUUUUGCAGAGUUAACUGGUAUAAACCGACAACUUAUAACACCAUGUUUUACAAAAGUACAGUUGUGGGGUGCAGCUAACCCCCUUAAUGUUCUACAGGAUGAGGAAUGUGUUUUUCAGUCAAGUCACAAUGUAGGAAUAUGUGGGGAUUGGCUGGUAAGCCCUAGUGUAGAAGGAGCAGCCAUUAGUGGUCUGGCCUUAGCUGAAGUCAUCAACCAGCAUGUCAAUGGAGCAAGUAAAGACGUAGGCUUGAAGAAACAUCUAGAACCCGUGAAGACUGAAGCUAUAGGUGCUUUUCCAACAAACAAAAGUUUAUUCUUUAAAUCUGCAAAAUAAAUCUGUACUUUUAAAA